AUGUUUUCGUUGGCCCUGAAAUGCCUUAUCAGUCUGUCCACCAUCAUCCUUUUGGGUUUGAUCAUCGCCUAUCACACACGUGAAGUCCAGCUCUUCGUGAUCGACAAUGGCGCAGACGACUGGCGGAUAGCCAUGACCUACGAGCGCAUCCUCUACAUUAGCCUGGAGAUGCUGGUGUGUGCCAUCCACCCUAUCCCCGGCGAGUACAAGUUCUUCUGGAACGCGCGCCUGGCCUUCUCCUACGCGCCGUCGCGGACAGAGGCGGAUGUGGACAUCAUCCUCUCCAUCCCCAUGUUCCUGCGCCUGUACCUGAUCGCCCGCGUCAUGCUGCUACACAGCAAGCUCUUCACCGAUGCCUCGUCCCGCAGCAUCGGGGCCCUCAACAAGAUCAACUUCAACACCCGCUUCGUCAUGAAGACUCUCAUGACCAUCUGCCCCGGCACGGUGCUGCUCGUGUUCAGCAUCUCGCUCUGGAUUAUCGCUGCCUGGACUGUCCGCGUCUGUGAAAGCCCUGAAUCACCAGCCUGGCUUUCGCGCUCAUCACUUCCUGCUUGGUACCAUGACCAGCAGGAUGUAACUAGUAACUUUCUGGGUGCCAUGUGGCUCAUCUCCAUCACAUUCCUUUCCAUUGGUUAUGGGGACAUGGUGCCCCACACAUACUGUGGGAAAGGUGUCUGUCUCCUCACCGGCAUCAUGGGUGCAGGCUGUACUGCCCUAGUGGUGGCCGUGGUGGCCCGCAAGCUGGAACUCACCAAAGCAGAGAAGCACGUUCACAACUUCAUGAUGGACACUCAGCUCACCAAACGGAUCAAGAAUGCUGCAGCCAAUGUCCUUCGGGAAACCUGGCUAAUCUAUAAACACACAAAGCUGCUAAAGAAGAUUGACCACGCCAAAGUCAGGAAGCACCAGAGGAAGUUCCUCCAAGCAAUCCACCAGCUGAGGAGUGUCAAGAUGGAGCAGAGGAAGCUGAGCGAUCAAGCCAACACCCUGGUGGACCUUUCCAAGAUGCAGAACGUCAUGUAUGACUUAAUCACAGAACUCAAUGAUCGCAGCGAAGACCUGGAGAAGCAGAUUGGGAGCCUGGAGUCCAAGCUGGAGCACCUCACCGCCAGCUUCAACUCCCUGCCCCUGCUCAUCGCAGACACCCUGCGCCAGCAGCAGCAGCAGCUCCUGUCUGCCAUCAUCGAGGCCCGGGGCGUCAGUGUGGCCGUGGGCACCACCCACACCCCCAUCUCCGACAGCCCAAUCGGGGUCAGCUCCACCUCGUUCCCGACCCCGUACACAAGUUCAAGCAGUUGCUAAAUAAAACUCCCCACUCCAGAAGCGUUACCCAUAGGUCUUAAGAUGCAAAUCAACUCUCUCCUGGUCGUUUUGCCAUCGAGGAACACUCAGACCAGGGAUCUAUCCUAAAGAAGAGAGACCGAGCUAACUAACUCCUGUUCAGUCGGCGUGCUUGGUUCGAUAUGCCUUGAAACCAGAAAUCUAAUCUCUGUUUAGGUGCCUCUACUUGG